GGGUUGGGGUCUGUGCCUGUGUUGGGGUCUGUGGCUGUGUUGGGGUUGGACCUGUCCGAGGUGCUGGAAUGCAUCUCACAGCGUUGACUUGAGAGAUGGAGACUGUGGAUUUAAAGCUGAGAAGUUGCACUGCACUUUGUAGCGCAAUGGGACGUGAAAAUUCCCUCUCCUAAUGUUGUGGGUUAAGGGUUGGCUUUUUUUUGGGCUUCCAGUAUGUAUGGCAGUGUUUGACGGAAUGGGCCAUUUUCUCUGCUGUGUCAGAUCAACUCUGCUACUGUUUCUCAGCUCCAUCCACAUCUGCCUGAUCACAGCAGACAGACCAUCAGCUCCCGUCAAUGUCACAGUCAAACAUCUGAAGGACAACUUGGCAGUGGUGUCAUGGGAAGUUCCCGAUGGAGAGGCUGUUAUUGGCUAUGCCAUAUCACAGGAGAAGAAGGAUGUACGAAUGCUGAGACUUAUCCAGGAAGUGAACACCACCACUCGCUCCUGUUUACUGUGGGACCUAGAAGAGGACACUGAAUACAUUGUUCACGUCCAGGCUAUCAGCCUGAGUGGGGCGAGCCCAGCCAGCGACCCCAUCUCCUUUACAAUUCCAAAGGAAGCAGAGACACUAACCUCAGAAGAUGGGGUAACAGCAGAGGCACUGGAGGGCCACUUCAAGCAGCUGAGAAUGGGCGAAAUGCUUAUCAUUGUGGUUGUCCUGGUCAUGUGGGCAGGCGUGAUAGCUUUAUUCUGUAGACAAUACGACAUUAUCAAAGACAAUGAACCUAACAAUAAUAAGGAUAAAGCCAAGAAUUCCUCGGAGUAUAGCACACCAGAGCACCCGACAGGAGGGCUCCUGAGAAGCAAGUUUCCAAAGAACAAACCUUCAGUGAAUAUCAUCGAAGCCUAGAGUGCUGUGCAGCUGGGAAGAAUAGCUAACGGAUCGGUUACCCUGGCUUCUCUCGCGAGGGAACAGUCAGCUUCUGACGACUUGGUGCGUUCCACAGCUUCACAACUACUAAAAGCACAUUAUUAUAGCAAUUGAGAUUUCCUUGGCCCAGGGAGCAUUCUGUCCUCCUGCAGACGACCUUUGUAAUCAGAUGAGGACAGGAAAGACCUUGGUGGUUUGGAGGAGAUUUGGACAAAUGGUCGUUUUGGGUUCUUACAAAGCCACUUGGGAUACAGAAUACAGAAACGGGUCACUUUGGUUACACUUAUUCAAUGUUCUUCCACUUGACGGCUCAGCCGAUGAAUCAUAGACCUCUCUCCCCUCACAUUACUGAACCAAGGGGUCACUCGGGGUUUUGAGGGACGCAAGACAGUUGAUGUAGACAACAGGAUGAUGAUGUGGCAUUAUAAAGGUGUGUCGUGUUCUUAUAAGAAGAAAUGUAAUUUUAGGAACUUGUUUGGAAACAC